AUGGCCUCCGUGAUCCCUCUCAGAUUCUACCACGCAACCCUCUUCGGGAGCCUACUCAAACGUUGGUGUCCUCUUGAUGGAUCCUCCACGAUGACAAUCUAUCGCGACAAGAGAUUCGUUCAUCUACUCCACCAGUGCGCUGAAGACUGUGAAGCUACCAAUCCGCUUUGUCAGAGCUUGUGUGCUUACCCCGCUGGAAGUAUCUCGGCCUGGCUACAGUACGCUCCCUCCACUCUCAUGAUCCGCUCGAUCGCGACGGCCAUCAGUUUGCCCUUCAUGGAUAUGAAGAUCCUGAUUGCCUACGGUUCCUUUACUCGCCUUGAUGCCCUGCCACACCCAAGAGAUAUUACAAUUCACUUCUGA